AUGCAGGACGAUAUUGCCGAGUUACGACGUCAACUGGAGGAAGCGAGACACGCACGGGAAGAGGAGAGACACGCACGAGAAGAGGCAGAAAAGCGGCGGGAAGAGGAGAGACACGCACGGGAAGAGGCAGAACGGAGGCAGGAAGAGGCAGAAAAGCGGCGGGAAGAGGAGAGACACGCACGGGAAGAGGCAGAACAGCGUUUGCAACCUACUGCUCUGUUUCACCUCCUUGACCGCUGCCACGAAUAUCUGUCACAGGAGAUCCGAGUUGAGACAGAUGCAGCCUUGACAACCCAAGGCAACAGCGAAUCUGGGAGAGACUCGAGCGUGCAGUUGACUUUACCUCGCGUCCACUCUUUCCCUCCGACACCCAGUUAG